AUGAACGCAUCUUCUUUUUUUUUUUAAUAUGUUUAUUCCGGAAAUGACGCCACACGGAUUCGAGAAGCUGUCUUUUGUCGUGUGCUAGCAGCCUGAGCCGUCCAAGAUGACUACAGCUGCAAGACCCACGUUUGAGCCUGCGAGAGGAGGCAGGGGGAAAGGAGAGGGAGAUCUGAGUGCUCUUUCCAAGCAGUAUUCCAGCCGAGAUCUUCCAGGUCAUACAAAGAUAAAGUACAGGCAACCCACCCAGGAUGCCCCCGAGGAGGUGCGUGCCCGUGACUUCCGCAGGGAGCUGGAGGAGAGGGAACGUGUCGCUUCCCGUGACAAGACCAGAGAGAGGGGACCCAGAGAACACACCACAUCCUCAUCAUCAUCCUCUUCAUCAUCUUCAAAGAGGCCCAGACUGGAUCAAAUCCCAGCAGCAAACCUUGAUGCAGAUGACCCUCUGACUGACGAUGAUGAAGAUGAAGACUCUGAGGACGACAGUGAUGAUGAUGACACCGCUGCCCUCCUGGCUGAACUGGACAAGAUCAAGAAAGAGCGAGCUGAGGAGCAAGAACGCAAAGAGCGAGAGCAGAAGGCAGAAGAAGAAAGGAUUCGAAUGGAAAAUAUCUUGAGUGGCAACCCCCUAAUUAACUUGGCCGGCCAGCAGCAACAGAACCAAGCUCAAAAUACAUUUAGAGUCAAAAGGAGGUGGGAUGACGAUGUGGUGUUUAAAAAUUGUGCCAAAGGAGUGGAUGAGGCACGGAAAGAGAAACGCUUCAUCAACGAUACGCUGCGCUCAGAGUUCCACAAGAAAUUUAUGGAAAAAUAUGUAAAGUAAAGGACUUGCUCUGUGCUUUAUUGGAUCAUUUGUAUCAUCUUUGGUCUACAACCCUCAAAUGGUAGACAGCAUCUGCUGCCAUUGAAAUUCAUUAGACCUUGCAGAGUAAACAGGUAAAUGGCUGUAUAUAAAUGAGGUGCAUCCUUUGUUUAAAUUUUGUGAGAACGUUUUAAAAUGUGAUUUAACAUUUAUUUCUGUGGUUUAUUUUUUAUUUCAAUAAACAAUGACUUGGCUCACAGUGUG